CAUGAGACAAGCAACAGCUGAUCACGGACUAAAGAGUUAUGUCUUCCAACGGUGAUGGAUCAAAAUAUGUUUCUCCAAAUAAAUCUAGUAACCAGGUCGCACGGUCGGUAUCCGAGGCAUCACCAUCUCCCCUGAAAUCUCGCCGAUCGCAACAUCACCACCACCAUCAUCACCAUCAUCCCCAUAUACAUCGCCGAGAAAAGGAGGAAAAAUCAUCUCAAUCUACUCUGCAGAAGGCCCUCAGUCCUUCUGAAGAGUUGUCGAGAAGUGAGGGAGUUUCUUCCAGCGAAAGCCGGAAUGAAAGUAGAAGGCACAGCAUUUUUAGCUCAACUGUAGACGGCUUCGAUUUGUCGAGAAGCAGCGAGAGAAGGCCAUUAAGGGAAGGCGAGCUCGAAGCGGAGAAGGAGAAGAGCGCCACGAUGGCCACGUUUGUCUUUCUUACCAUCGAUUGCUGUUUUAUACUAAUGUACUGGAUCAGGGAGUUGCGAAAUGCCUUGACGGACGUGAAUGCUGUGGCAGAUCAUACAACCAGACAUCUCGAUGCAACAUACUAUUCGGUUCUAGAAAAACUUGGCGAUCUGCAUAGGACGAUUGGCUCUCUCAAAGAGUUGGCGGCUAUGACUAGACAAUUGAAUGAGGAUUUUAAGACAGAAGGGGAGGAGCUUGUAGAAGAAAGUCGAGCGCAACUAGAAGGGUUUGAAGAAUUCGAAGCACAGGAACAGAAGAUCAGAGCAUUGGAGAAACGUGUUAAAGAAGGACGAAAUACAAUUGGCACAUUGAGUAGGCGGGUAGACAUUGUUAGGAAGCGAGUUAAAGGCUGGGAAAAAGCAGAGCAGGAAUGGCAAGACAAAACCCGAAAGCGACUGAAGAUGAUGUGGAUUCUAAUGUCAAUAUGCGCAACCAUAUUGCUAUCAAUUGUUAUUCUGGCUUAUAUACCAACGGGGGAGCAAGGACAUGGAGCUGCAAGAUUCAACAGCUUUAAUACGACUGCGCUGGGGGAGUUGGAGAAGGCCAAAAAUGAGACCAAAAACAUGCUAAAGCCCCCUUUGGAGAUACUGGAGAGUUCAACUGGAAGUGAAGUCAACAAGGAGGCAGGGAAACCGGCAGAAGACCCAAGGCUUGAGAUAUUCGACGAGUUAUAAUUUAUUGGUACAGGAAUGCACGUACAAGGUUCACAUUUUCUUAGCCCAGCUCAGUCGUGAAUAUAACCACUUUUUUCCAAGUAUACUACGCCUUGUGGGAUCAGAAAAUCAGUGGGUCUACGGUCUGAUGACUUAGUAUAUUAACAUGCCGAGCAGCCGGAUCUUGGUAUAAAUCCAAAGCAACCUGGCAAUUCGUAUAUCUUCUUAGCA